AUGAUGGCAGAGGAAGAAGAAAAAGGGUUUGGAAGUAGUGGAAGAGAGGAGGAGGAUUACACCCAAGAUGGCACAGUGGACCUCAAAGGUACACCAGUUUUAAGAUCAAAUACUGGAAGAUGGAGAGCUUGUUCCUUCAUAGUAGGGUAUGAAAUGAUUGAAAGAAUGGCAUACUAUGGGAUUGCAUCAAACCUAGUGCUGUAUCUAACAAGGAAGCUCCAUGAGGGCACUGUCAAAUCUUCAAACCACGUUACCAACUGGGCUGGUACAGUCUGGAUCAUGCCAGCUGCGGGAGCUUACAUAGCUGAUGCCUAUAUUGGCCGAUAUUGGACCUUUGUCAUAGCAUCAGUCAUUUACCUUCUGGGAAUGUGUUUGUUGACUCUAGCAGUGGCACUACCAGGAUUGAGACCACCACCAUGUGCUCCAGGCGUAGCAGAUCAGGAUUGCCCACAAGCAUCGUCAUUGCAAGUGGGGGUUUUCUUCUUUGCCUUGUACAUCAUUGCAGCAGGCACAGGGGGAACCAAGCCCAACAUUUCUACAAUGGGAGCAGACCAAUUUGACGAGUUUGAGCCGAAAGAGAGGUCCCAAAAGCUUUCCUUCUACAACUGGUGGGUGUUUAAUAUUCUAAUUGGAACCAUUUCCGCCCAAACUCUCUUGGUUUACAUACAAGACAGAGUUGGUUUUGGACUUGGUUAUGGGAUCCCAACCAUUGGUCUAGCCCUUUCAAUAUUGGUGUUUCUGCUAGGAACUCCACUUUAUAGGCAUAGAUUGCCCUCAGGCAGCCCUUUAACCAGAAUGAUCCAGGUACUUGUGGCUGCAGUGAGGAAGUGGAAGGUACAUGUCCCACAUGAUUUAAAUGAGCUACAUGAGCUCACCAUGGAAGACUUCCUUGAUAAAGCUGCAGUAAAGACAGGCGAAACAUCACCAUGGAUGCUUUGUACUGUGACUCAAAUUGAGGAAACCAAGCAAAUGAUAAAAAUGGUUCCUAUUUUGAUUACUACAUGUAUUCCAAGCACCAUAAUAGCUCAAACCGCCACACUCUUCAUAAGACAAGGCACCACACUAGACAGGGGAAUGGGACCCCAUUUUGAAAUACCUCCAGCAUGUCUUAUAGCUUUUGUAAACAUCUUCAUGCUGAUAAGCGUUGUGAUCUAUGACCGCCUUUUCGUUCCUGCAAUCCGGCGCUACACCAAGAACCCCAGAGGGAUCUCCUUGCUGCAGAGACUUGGCAUUGGCCUUGUGCUACAUGUUAUCAUAAUGCUCACUGCAUGCUUUGUUGAGAGAAAGAGACUCAGUGUUGCAAGAGAAAACAACCUUUCAGGCCAGCUUGAUCAAAUUCCUCUCACUAUUUUCAUCCUCCUCCCUCAGUUUGCUUUGACAGGAAUUGCUGAUACCUUUGUUGAUGUUGCUAAGUUGGAGUUCUUCUAUGAUCAAGCACCCGAAGCCUUGAAAAGUUUGGGAACGUCAUAUUUCACAACCACCUUGAGCAUUGGAAACUUUCUUAAUAGUUUUCUACUUUCAACUGUUGCUGAUCUCACCCGCAGACAUGGUCACAAGAGUUGGAUUUUGGAUAAUCUAAAUGCCUCCCGUUUAGACUACUAUUAUGCAUUCUUGGCCAUGCUGAGCGCUAUCAACUUCCUUUGCUUCGUGGCUGUUGCCAAAUUAUAUGUCUAUAAUACUGAUGCAACACAAAUCAGCAUGGACUUGAACAUGAACCCUAGGUCACCUAAGGACAAUGAUGGAAUGAGCCAAAGUAACACAACCAGAUAA